AUUUGCCGACACAGAAAGAUGGUAUAUUAAGCACAGGCUCUCCCUCACUCCCCCUCUUGAGCUCACUAUGGCUUUCUGCCGGAAUGUUACACUUUCCGGUGGCUUGCCGUCGGAACAUCAACCAUAUCACGCUCCCGCUACUCUUGGCAGCUUAGAUGAUCUUUUCUCCGGCAAUACAACGGUGGAAGAAGAGGAUAUAAACUUGGAAUGGCUAUCAGUGUUUAUUGAAGACUGUUUAUCCACCCCCGGAAACUGCCUCCUGCCUCCUGCUUCAUCAACAUUACCACUUGACCCUGUCCCAGAACAACCAGCCACAGUAGAAGCAGCUUCAAUGCCAUUGAGGAGCCCCCCUGGAGCUUCAAGGGCAAGAAGCAAAAGAAGCAGAGUUCCAUGUAAAAAUCCCAGAAAAAGCAUGAGAUGGAGCCCUGACCCUCCUUUGCUCCACCAGGCUUAUUGGUUGGCUGACAGUGAACCCAUUUUCCCCAAAUAUCAGGAACAAAGCAUUGCAAAAGAGGGAAAUAUGGGCAGCAGUUUUCAGGGUCUAAAUGGGCAGCAGCCAAGGAGAUGUAGCCACUGUUUGUCACAGAAGACCCCACAAUGGAGGGCAGGACCAGCAGGGCCAAAAACACUGUGCAAUGCAUGUGGGGUGAGGUACAAGUCCGGCAGGUUGUUGCCUGAGUACAGGCCAGCAAAGAGUCCCACUUUUGUGAGCUACAAGCACUCCAAUUCUCACAAGAAAGUCUUGGAGAUGAGAAGUAUGUCAGUGCUUUCCUCCUUUAAUGGUGAUUAAUUUUCCAUCUGUUUUAUCUGUUUAAUCACCAUAAGAGUUGUUCUUAAGCCCCUUUUUGAGGUGUAUGAAUAAUAUGAUGUUUCCAGGGUCAAAGACAGUCAUGUAGUGUACUGGAUAUGUUAGUUCAUCUAGUUCUGGCUA